AUGACUUCAAGUUCUGAAGACAUCGAGAGGCUACUCGAACAGCUCGAGUCAGUUGCAUCCUCACCACCGAAGGACCCGGAACUGCAGCAGCGUCUCUAUGAUGCAGCGCAGAAGCUUACAUUGGCUGUAGAAGCUCCCUUAGAUACGGUGUAUAGGGUGAUCUACUCUCCAAUGCUUCUAAGCAGCGCCCAGACUGCAACAUUUCACAUCAUCGCUCCUGCCGUCAUUAAAGCGCCCGACUUCUUCAAGGAAACCCGCUUCCAAAAUCCGAACAACGAAGUCAAGACUCCAUUCCAGAUCGUCAACAACACAGACCAGCCGUCGAUUGACUGGACGCACGAGAACCGACCCGACAUCAUCGCAGACUUUGGCCUGUGGAUGACAGCGCUCCGUGGACAGACGACAUGGUUGGACGUGCUCGACUUCGAAGCCCUCAUAAAGGCCAGCGAGCCAGGCGACGCCGCCGUAGAUGCAGAGACGCCAGUCUUUGUCGACGUGGGCGGCGGUAUCGGGAGCCAGUGCGCCAUUUUUAAGGCCAAAUUGCCCGACCUACCAGGGCGCGUGAUCCUUCAGGACCUCCCUGUUGUGCUCCAACACGCGCUCUCCACGGAAGGCGUAGAAAUAACAGCACACAACUUUUGGUGCGAGCAGCCAGUCAGGGAAGCAAGGGCCUAUUAUUUCCGGACCAUCCUCCACGACUACCCCGAUGAGAAGUGUCUGGCUAUCCUGGAAAAUACAGUUGCCGCUAUGGGCCCCAACUCUUUCAUCCUCAUCGACGACAUCAUUAUUCCCGAUAAAGGGGCGCACCCACGCACGACGGAGAUGGAUUAUAUCAUGAUGACGACACUUGCGGCCAUGGAGCGGACACGGAAGCAAUGGGAUGAUCUGUUCUCUGCGGCUGGCCUGGAGGUUGUGCAGAGAAUAACUUACCUGGAGGACACAGCUGAGGGCAUCCAGGUGGUUGUGCCGAAGGGGCGCAAGGAGGCGUGA